UCAGGAGAAAAUCACCUGAUGUUGUUUUCGUUUUUCUCUUAGUCAGAAAAUGGAAUCAAAGAGAAAGUUAAUUGUUGUUUUCUUUUUCUGGUCUCAUCUUAAUUUAAUUUAAUUCUGUGUUAAUUUAAUUCUUUGAUUUUUGUUUUCUUCGCCAUUGAUUUUGCUUGUUUUCAAAUGAUGAAAACUGGUAAAUUGGUUACAAAUGGUUUGUUCUUACGUGAAUUAUUGAGAAGCUCAACUAAUCGGUUCAAUUUACCUUGGGAUAAGUUGAUUAAACGGUUAACCAAAUCUGAUAAUUGGAAUAACGAUGUUUCUAUACAGUCAAAAUUAUUCUCGGUUAAAAUUACUAAACAAUUGGAUGAAAGGGUUAAAGAUGAACAAUCUGGUGUUAACCCUGAAUCUGAUGAAUCGGUUGCAAUUUCAGCUAAUGAAGAUUUGAAUAGCCAAUUUAUUGAAUGGAUGCAAACUGAAGAUUCUACAUCCUCCCCAGCGUCACAAUCUUUGCCUUCAUCAACACCUCCACCUUCAUCCUCGUCUUCAUCUUCACCAUCAUCUAGUGAUAAACAAGAAAAAACGGUUCUCUCACCUGAUGUUACUUUACCCAGGUUAAGUCGUAGCUCAGUGGCCAGUAAAAGUCGUCAAUUAAUAGUCAGUUUGUCACAAGCUAAAACACCAAUUAAUCAAACAGUUGCUCUUCAAGAGCUGUGUCGUCAUCUCAUAAAUUAUCCUGAAGCUUGUGGAUUCAGCCUUCAGGAAGGAGCUUCAACGUCCAUCAUUAAAUUAGCUAAUGAAACCAAAGAUAAUAAAGUGAAAGCCUACGCUCGCCAAGCGCUUGCUCUACUUGGAUAUGCUGCACCACCCAAAGGUCGAGGUAUCCGAAUAUUAAGUAUCGACGGCGGCGGAACCAAAGGAAUCGUAAUCAUUGAAAUCCUGAGACAAUUGGAAAAAGUCACUGGUAAACCAAUACAUCAACUGUUUGACCUGAUUUGUGGUGUUAGUACCGGAGCAAUUAUAGCAAUGUUACUUGGAGCUCUUCAAACAAACAUCGAUGAGUGUAUCCGAUUGUAUCAAAAGUGUUCCGAGCAAAUGUUUCAAAAGGAUGUCCUUCGAGGUGCUGGUCGACUUCUUUGGACUCAUGCCUAUUACGAUACUGCAGUUUGGGAGAAAAUAUUACGUUCUGUUUAUCCGGAAAAAGCUUUAAUCGAAACGGCACAAAAAGAAAAUAUGCCGAAACUUGUCACCGUUUCCGCAUUGAUCAACACUCCAAGUAUUCAGCCUUUUGUUUUUCGUAACUAUAACCACUCGGAUAAAUUUUUAAGCUACUAUGAGGGUUCAUGUAAAUACGCAAUUUGGCAAGCAAUUAGAGCCUCAGCUGCUGCUCCAGGUUAUUUUGAAGAGUUUCUUUUGGACAAUUAUGUCCACCAAGAUGGUGGAGUUUUAGUAAACAAUCCGACGCCCGUUGCCAUUCACGAAGCUCAACUUCUUUGGCCUAAUGAGCCUAUUCACGUAUGUGUCUCAAUUGGAAGUGGAAAAUAUUCACCAUUAAACCUGAAGAAAGAGGAAAAAGCCGCUAUAACCAGUUUAAGAACAAAAAUAAGUCGAGUAAUCGAUUCGGCAACUGACACCGAAGGACCUCAUCGAUUGUUACAAGAUCUUCUCAAACCUGGAACUUAUUUCCGUUUCAAUCCAGCCUUAUCUCAAUGGUACUCACUUGAUGAGAAUCGUCCCGAGAAAUUAACACAAAUGCAAACCGAUGCUACGAUGUACCUAAGAAAAAACGAAUACAAAUUGAACAAAGCGGCAAAAGCACUAAACGAGAAAAGGUCACCCUUUCAAUUGAUUAUGGAUCAGUUGAGAUCUGAUCUCAAAGUCUAAUCACCAAUAAUUUAUAUAAAUAUAUUAAUGCAAUUCUAAAUCCUCUGUAAUAUCAACCAUCCACAAUCAGUGUAUUAUAUUAAUUUAAGAAUUUGUUGAUUGUAAAUACGAUAAUUGAAACAAUCUAUUGUACGUUUAGACAAUGUUUUUUUUAAAGCAAUAAAUCAAAGUCCAUCUUAA